AUGGACACUGAAAAAGCAAGCAACUCUACUGGCGUACUAAAACCCUCUCCCGAGGGUGGAAAUGCUAAGAGUCGACAUUUGAGACCGUCUUGGCUCACUGAGAUAAUCAGUUUCGUCUUGUGUACAACUAGCCCUCUUGUUGUGAUCUACUACUGGAUAGCCUAUCAUUACUUUGACACCUCGAUAGUUACCGCAGCCAGAGUUGCUUAUUCAGAAGGUCCUUUUCAAUUCUUUGCCACUCGCCUUCCUCACUCAAGCACAAAUGCCAUCUUGGGUUAUGCCGCCUGGCUUGCUCUCCAAGCAAUCCUGUAUAUCUACUUGCCUGGGAGCGAAGCCCUUGGUCCCGUAACACCGGCAGGCAGGAGGUUGAAGUAUAAACUGAACGGCCUAGUAGCGUGGGGCGCAACCGUCGCUUUAUGGGCUGUUGGGGCUGUCUCGGGAAUUAUUGAUCCUGCAUGUAUUGCUAAGAACUGGGAAGGCCUAGUCUGGAUCACCAACGCCUUUUCCGUGGUUACUGUCGGUGGUGAGCUUCAUCCUCGCAUCGGGAAAACGUGGGAUUGGAGACAUGAUCUAUCUUUCGCCGCUUAUCAGUAUCAAUCUCACGGGUACAUGACGAAUACCAUGGCGGCGGUAGUCAUUAUGCGCGCGUUUGUUGUAGUGGAUUUCUUCGUCAAUGAGUUAUGGUUUUUCCACACUUUGGACGGCAUGUACGAGUCAUUCGGCUUCUACAACAUUUAUGGGUUCUCAGCCAUGAUGCCCGUGCUUUGGUCGUUACAAACACAGUACCUGGUCAAGCAUCCCGAGGAACUCUCUAAUAUAGCGCUCAUUGGUGUCAUACUGCUCUUUACUGUCGGCUGGUUGAUCCGGUUCUCCGUGGACUAUCAGAAAGUGAAGUUCCGUCAAACGGGUGGAGAAUGUCGAAUCUGGGGCAAGCCCGCCGAAAGGAUUAGAGCAUCACACCAAACUGCAGAUGGAAAGACACGUCACUCCUUGCUGCUAUGCUCUGGAUGGUGGGGGCUGGCUCGCCAUGCAAAUUAUACAGGGAGCGUGAUGUACACUCUGGCUCUUUGCGCUGCUUGCGGCUGUGGUGGAAUCUUCCCUUAUACUGAGGUGGUUAUGGCUGGGGGGAUGGUGAUUCAUCGUUGCUAUCGUGAUGAAGUAAAAUGUGCAGCGAAAUAUGGGAAACACUGGGACGAGUACUGCCGUCAGGUGCGAUGGAGGAUGAUCCCCGGUAUUUACUAA